CGCCCGCCCGCCGAGCAAAGCCAACCAAGCUCCCGGACUUGGGGCGUCGCCAGAUCGGGAAGCCUUGCCCGGGAACCGGCCAGUCAUGUGACGACAAUCCUCAAGCCACCAUUUGGGGUUUUCUCUCCAUCUGCCACCCUGGAUAGAACCGAGUCUGAUCCGCUGUUGAAGCCAAUGAUGAAAAUGGAGGCCCCAGAAUCUCCAGUAGACCUGAAACCAGCAUUAGACCUGGAUGGACCAAGAGAAAAUCCCAGUGUGGCCCCGAUGGGCUCCGACCGGCAGGUUUUGAGGUGGAAGGGCCCUCCAUACAUUAAACAGGAGCCGGAACAGGAUUGUAUGUCGUCUCGGCACUGGGAAGCCCAGUGGCAGGAGUUCCUGGGGGGCAUGCAGUCCCCUUGCUCAGGGUGGGGGUCCAGACCUCUGCCAGCGGCUGCCCCGUGGGGGGACACCAAGGCACCCGUGGCACAUCUCGCUUCGGCAACCGCCAGCAGCCAGCGUUCCUCGGAAGGGACAUUUUUCCAAACUCUGCCACAAGGUUAUGUGGGAACGAUGCACCAAGAAAGGUGGAGAGUGAAGGAGGAGGUGGAGAACCCGGCGGCCCCAAACCCGGAGCCCCCCUGCCAGCGCUUCAGGCAGUCCCUCUACCAAGAAGCGGAGGGCCCCCGAGAACUUUGCAGUCGUCUCCGGGAGCUCUGCCACCUAUGGCUGAAGCCAGAGAGGCACUCCAAGGAGCAGAUCCUGGAGCUGGUGAUCUUGGAUCAGUUCCUGGGGGUCCUGCCCCAGGCGAUGGAGUGCUGGGUCCGGGAGUGCCACCCCCACACGUGUGCCCAGGCCGUGGCCCUGGCGGAGGACUUCCUGGCGAGGCACCCGGAGGAAGGGAGGCAGGAGCAGAAGGGCCCAGGGAUGUUUCGUGUGGUGACUGUGAAUUUUCCUGACUCCGAUCCAUCGUCAUCUGAAAGGCCGCUGAGCAGGCCGAUCAAACAGGAGGUCAACGAGGAUAGCCUUUCUCAAGACGAUGGGCAGGUGGGUGAAAUAAAAAAAGACAACGAGUGGAACAACACCAUGGGGAUGGAGCCCCGUGGCUCAUCUUCCACGGAAUGGCAGGAAGGGACCGGCAGAUUCGGAGAGGCGGGAGAACCCCAGAAGAAUCCUCAGGAGAACGGCCCCAGAGGAACGGACGUAAACCCACCCGGAGCGAAACAAUCGUUGUGUACAAACUGUGGGGGGAGUUUUAAUCCUAGCUCCAGUCUGCUCGGCCCAGAGGGGUUCCCCUUGGGUGCGAACCCCUACAAAUGCUCCGUGUGCGAGAAGAGCUUCUGCGAGGUCGCCAAACUCAUCGCUCACGAGCGCCUGCACACCGGGGACUGGCCGUACAAGUGCUCCUUCUGCGGGAAAAGCUUCAACCGCAGCUCCGACGUCUCCCGGCACGAGCGGAUCCACACGGGGGAGAAACCCUACAAGUGCACCACGUGCGAUAAGUGCUUCAGCCAGCGGUCCAAGCUGAUCGUGCACGAGAGGUUCCACACGGGGGACAAGCCCCACAAGUGCUCCUACUGUGGGCGGAGCUUCCACCAGCGGUCGGACCUGGUGAAACACGAGCGGAUCCACACGGGGGAGAAGCCCUACAAGUGCUCCGACUGCGGAGGGAGCUUCCACCGGAGUUCGGAUCUGGUGAAGCACAAGUGGAUCCAUACCGGGGAGCGGCCGUACAAAUGUUCCACGUGUGAGAAGACCUUCCGGCAACGCUCGGCCCUCCUGUACCACGAGAGGACCCACACGGGGGAGAAGCCGUACACCUGCACGGCCUGCGGGAAAGGCUUCAGCUGCAAAGCCCACCUGGUACUCCACAAAAGGACCCACACAGGGGAGAAACCCUACAAGUGUAACUACUGUGGGAAAAGUUUCACCACCAGUUCGUACUUUGUGAAGCACCAGAGGAUGCAUUUAGGGCAAGAGACUCUGCCGGUUCUGUGAAAGUAAGAAACGCGCGGAGAAAUAUUUCCCAGGCUUUCCCUUUCCGUGGCUCUAAAACCGGUUCCACCACAAAACCGCGGUAGACAAAAGCGCGGUCGACGAAAGCGCGUAUUUGGCGUCAUCACAGC